AUGGCUGGUCCCUUCUCUCGUCUGCUGUCUGCCCGCCCCGGGCUCAGGCUCCUGGCUUUGGCUGGAGCUGGGUCUCUCGCCGCUGGGUUUCUGCUCCGAUCGGAACCUGUUCGAGCCGCCAGUGAACGAAGGAGGCUGUAUCCCCCGAGUGCUGAGUACCCAGACCUCCGAAAGCACAACAACUGCAUGGCCAGUCACCUGACCCCAGCAGUCUAUGCCCGGCUCUGCGACAAGACCACACCCACUGGCUGGACGCUAGAUCAGUGUAUCCAGACUGGCGUGGACAACCCUGGCCACCCCUUCAUCAAGACUGUGGGCAUGGUAGCUGGUGAUGAGGAGACCUAUGAGGUAUUUGCUGAGCUGUUUGACCCUGUGAUCCAAGAGCGACACAAUGGGUAUGACCCCCGAACGAUGAAACAUACCACCGACCUGGAUGCCAGCAAGAUCCGUUCUGGCUACUUUGAUGAGAGGUAUGUAUUGUCCUCGAGAGUCAGAACUGGUCGAAGUAUCCGGGGACUCAGCCUGCCUCCAGCCUGUACUCGGGCAGAGCGACGAGAAGUGGAACGUGUCGUCGUGGAUGCACUAAGUGGCCUGAAGGGUGACCUGGCUGGACGCUACUAUCGGCUCAGUGAGAUGACAGAGGCUGAGCAGCAGCAGCUAAUUGAUGACCACUUCCUGUUUGAUAAGCCUGUAUCCCCAUUAUUGACCGCAGCAGGAAUGGCUCGAGACUGGCCGGAUGCGCGUGGAAUCUGGCACAACAAUGAAAAGAGCUUCUUGAUCUGGGUGAAUGAGGAGGAUCAUACACGGGUCAUCUCCAUGGAGAAGGGUGGCAACAUGAAGAAAGUGUUUGAAAGAUUCUGCCGAGGCCUCAAAGAGGUGGAGCGGCUGAUCCAGGAGCGUGGCUGGGAGUUCAUGUGGAAUGAGCGUCUGGGAUACAUCUUGACCUGUCCGUCUAACCUGGGCACCGGACUUCGUGCAGGAGUGCACAUCAAACUGCCCCUGCUGAGCAAAGAUAGCCGCUUCCCAAAGAUCCUCGAGAACCUUAGACUCCAAAAACGUGGAACUGGAGGAGUAGACACAGCUGCCACAGGCAGUGUCUUUGAUAUCUCUAAUUUGGACCGACUGGGCAAGUCAGAGGUGGAGCUGGUGCAGCUGGUCAUCGAUGGAGUAAACUACCUGAUUGACUGUGAACGGCGUCUGGAGAGAGGCCAGGAUAUCCGCAUCCCUCCACCUCUCCCCAACAAGCAUUAA